UGUUGAUGGUUGAAAUCCAAAUUGAUCUAAAGACUGUAGUUUACAAACAAAUCAGUGUUCAGUGGUGUUUGUUGAGAACGUAGCUGUGCUGGCAUCAGUUUUAAUUAACGAUGGAGGAGUACGAGGACAGGAGCUGGGAUUGUGGUGAUGUGAUGGACGACGAGUCUGAGGGUAUGGAUGAACACAAUGAUAACCCUCAGCAAGUUCUCGCUGAGUGUGCUGUUAAAUUUGCUACCCCUGAUUACAUUAUGGAACCAGGGAUAUUCUCCUCACUCAAAAGAUAUUUCCAGUCGGGAGGGGAUCCUGUACAGGUUAUAGAACAGGUCUCACAGAAUUACACAGCAGUAGCGCAGAUGGCUAAUUUAAUUGCUGAAUGGCUAAUUAUUGGUGGUGUCAAAGUAACAGAUGUUCAGGCGAUGGUGGAGAAUCACCUGAAGGAUAUGAUUGUGAAGACAUUCGAUCCCAAGAAGGCUGACACUAUUUUCACGGAGGAGGGAGAAACUCCUGCAUGGUUGACCGAGCUCAUUGAACAUCCCACGUGGCGCUCCUUGAUUUACAAGCUUGCCGAGGAGUAUCCAGAUUGUCUGAUGCUUAAUUUCACGAUUAAGCUGAUUUCGGAUGCUGGAUUCCAGGGCGAAAUUACAAGUAUAUCAACAGCAGCGCAACAAUUGGAGGUAUUCUCCAGGGUUCUGAAAACCUCCAUUUCAAGUUUUCUGACUAACCCAGAGGAUUGGCAAAAAACUACAAAGGAGUGUGCAAAAAUGGUUUGCCAUGGUCAGCAUACAUACGUUUACGCUCAAGUGAUUAUACACGUGUUGGCGCGAGAAAAUAAGGGCGGUAGCAGCAUGAAGAGGUUGUCGCAGGAGAUUACGAAAUGUGCCCAGAAGAACAGAAACGACGUUACGCCGAUAACGAUGGCUUUGAACGGAGCAGCCGCUUAUCCGCAGGCAUGUCAAGCGUUGACUGCUAUGUUGUCGAAGAACACUUUGAAUCCGGCCGAUAUAAGCGUGCUCUUCAGGAAUUACAGUGGCAACGAUCCGCCUCCAAUCGAUUUGGUGAGGACACCUCAGUUCUUGGAGCUGCUCGUCGAUUCUCUGUUUAAGCCAGCCGUGAAAUUGAAUCCUGACCAUAAACCAAAAUACAUCUACCUGUUGGCGUACGCAGCCAGCGUUUGCGAAGUUCCAGCGAAAAAAGGACAAAAGCGUACAUGGAAUAAGGACGAGUUGAAAAGUACGAUACAGGCCAUAGAAACCGUUCACAACAUUUGCAAUAUUAACAAAGGGAGUUCAGAGUUGAUUGCUGAUUUAAAAACGUUAUAUCAAAGCUUAAGGUUUUCGGUGGUAGCAGUAGGAGUGGUGCGUUGGGUCGAGUAUACAGUUACGGAUUCAAGUUAUUUUAAAUUGCAAACUGAGCAUUGCCCAGUUCAUUUAGCGCUUCUCGAUGAGGUUGUCUCAUGCCAUACACUUUUACACACUCAGGUGUUGGAUUUGUUAAUUAGACUGUUUGAGUCCAAGCAGGACGAAUUGGAGAUUUUAGUACAAUUGGAAAUGAGGAAAAUGGUCCUGGACAGAAUGGUGAAUUUGUUAUGUUCCGGUUGCGUUGUUCCAGUCGUCAAGUAUAUCAAGACGUGCUGGCAGAAAGGCGACACUGACAUAUCUUUGAUCCGUUAUUUCGUAACAGAGGUUCUCGAAGCGAUCGGGCCCCCGUACAGUCCUGAAUUUGUGAACCUUUUCAUGCCGAUGGUGGAGAACGAUGAAAUCACCGGAACGAUGCGCGGCGACGGUGAAAACGAUCCAGUUUCAGAAUUUAUUGUUUAUUGCAAGGCCAAUUACACAACUGUCUGAGCUUGAACCAUAAAUACUACUAUAUAUAUAUAUGUUUAGAUAGAUAGAGAUUUUUAA